UUCCUGUGACUUGUGUCCGAGAUAGACACUCGUUUUACUUGGAUUUUCUGUUUCAUUGGCGGGAGGUGGUUUUUCAAGUUGUUCUGGUACUGACGCUUGUUUAUGUGGAAUUUUGUCCUUUUGGAAUAAAGAUGUCUGUUGUACCCCCAAAUCGUUCGCAGACUGGUUGGCCGCGUGGUGUUAACCAGUUCGGCAAUAAGUACAUUCAACAAACCAAGCCUCUGACGUUGGAGAGGACAAUUAAUCUCUAUCCAUUGACAAAUUACACUUUUGGUACCAAAGAACCUUUGUACGAGAAGGAUAACUCUGUGGCAGCACGGUUCCAGCGGAUGAGAGAGGAGUUUGACAAAAUAGGGAUGAGGAGGACGGUGGAGGGAGUCUUGAUUGUCCAUGAGCACAGACUGCCCCAUGUCCUUUUACUGCAGCUUGGGACAACGUUUUUUAAAUUGCCUGGUGGAGAACUGAACCCUGGAGAAGAUGAAGUAGAAGGACUGAAACGCUUAAUGACAGAGAUCCUUGGGCGCCAGGAUGGAGUGCAGCAGGACUGGGUUAUUGAUGACUGUAUAGGCAAUUGGUGGAGACCAAACUUUGAACCCCCACAGUAUCCAUAUAUUCCAGCUCAUAUUACAAAACCGAAAGAACACAAGAAACUUUUUCUGGUGCAGCUCCAAGAAAAAGCCCUCUUCGCAGUUCCAAAGAAUUACAAAUUGGUUGCUGCUCCUCUGUUUGAGUUGUAUGAUAAUGCACCAGGGUAUGGACCUAUUAUUUCCAGUCUGCCACAGCUACUGAGCAGAUUUAAUUUUAUCUACAACUGACUGUGGAUGUCCAUGGGAGAUUAUGUGAAAGAAGCUGUCUCUGUGAGCACAGUUUUAAAGAAGAACAGAAGACUGCCUCCCGGGUCAUGGUGGAGGACUUCAUAUUUUUUAUGACUUUUAUUUUGUUGUCUUUUUCCCCCUUUUUCGGAAGACCCGAAAACUUUCUGUUGUGCGUGUAUUAUGUGAUAAAUGUGUCUGAAGCUGUUGGUAUAAAGAGUGGAUUUGAUUUUAUAUGCUGCAGCAUUUUUAAUAAUUGUUUAAUGGUUAUUUUUUACUUCAUUAAACGCAAACAAGUUCUAGCAGCACUUUUUUUAAAACACUUUUAGUAGUUUUAGUAUUUUCCAGUAUCAUUUAGAAAAGUGCUGCUUGAUGAGAUGUCAAAAGUUGAAACUGAAAUUUUCAUAUUUUUUCAGAUCAUAAACUUUUAAGUUAAGCAUUAACUUCCAGGAGCAGAUUUUUUUUGUUCUCUUGAUAAAAUAUUUAAUCUCUGCAGAGUUCAACAUUUUAAAUUAUACUUUUUAGAGUGCAUAUCAAGCAGAAGCCCAUAAAUCGGGUUGACGCACUUCAAUUUAGUAAACCCUGGGUUUAUGACCUGUUAAGUUUACAUUUCUUUGAAACUAAGUUUACCAGCUAUUAUUGUAGAUAGUAUAUAUUAUCAGGGCUGUGAAGUUCAAAUUGGCCUUCAUAUUUCAAGGAUGUAUGGUGAUAGCUAAAGUGCUAAUUUAAAGUAAGCAAACAGAUUUUGUGAUGUCUGCAUAUGCAGCAAAAGUAAUACUUUUCAUUGCGAAAGUGUAGUCUACAGAUGAAUUGUUUAUGAGCAUAUGUUUGUUCCGUAUAAGUAAAUCAUCAGCUAUCAAUUUACCCUGUCUGAAGAGCAGAUUCUCCCAUAGUGACCCAUAGACACAUACGAUCUUUUGAAAAAAUGUGCUUGGACUUGUAUCCCGAAACCGUGCUGAGGAACAAUAAAAACAUUAUGAUCUUUGGACACCUGA